AUGUUCUGUAAUUGGUACGAGGAUCAGCCACGCGGUGGGCAGGGGAUUGUCCCAGACCCGAUCUCUGCGCAUCCAGGGCUCAUUGGGCCCGAUCUCCACACAACCCGGGAUCGCCGAGCCCGUCUGCGGUGUCGGUUGGCCGACAUUGGCAUUGGUCAGGCCGCCGCCAACGAUGGCUCCGCCUCCGAGAUAUUGUACUUCACUUUAAAUUCAUUGAGACGUAAAGCAUGUAAUACGAGAAUUAGUCUUACUGUUAGAAACAGGGGUUGCCAGGAAAGUGGGUUUCAUGUCUCCGGCCAUGAUGACCAGAAACUUCUCCUCGAAGACCGGCGGCGCCUUGUCGUCGGAUCCGCCGUCUCCUUUCUCUCCGCCGCGCUCGACGUCUCUCUCGUUGCCGUCGCCGGAGAGCUUCAAGUAGGAGCAGGCGAGUAUAAGCAGGGCGAAGGCUAUGAGCCCCAGCAUCGCCGCCAGGCCGCCGAAGAGGUACGGCACCGGAGAGUGCCACGGAGACAUCGGGGCGGCCGCCGGAGGCGUGAAUUUCGCCCUGGAGGCGCCGGCGGCGGAUAA